UAAGAACAUAAUGAAGUUUUUCAUCGCAUUAUUAUUGUUUGUCAUACCUCUUACCAAUGGAAAGGCAAUUAAAGCUUUUAUAAAUGAUUUUGGUACUAAUCCGGAUUUUGAAAAAAUCUUACGAGAUUCUAUAGAAGAUUUUCGAAAUAUGAUGAUCAAAGGGCUUCCAGAGAUUGGCAUGCCAGUACUUGACCCAUUUCAAGAAAAAGACAUUUACGUUCCUUUUAAUGAUGAUAUGGCUGCAGUGAGUCUUAAACUAUUGGAAGUGGCAGUUGAAGAUGCAUCCAAAUUCACAAUUCAAAACCUUAAGGCUGAUACAGAUCUGUCUUUUCAUACAGAGAUUCUCAUUCCUCAACUAUCCUCUUUCGGCGUGUAUGAUGUAAAAGGGACAAUUGGAAAAAUCUUUCCCUUGUGGGGAAAUGGUAGUUUCAGCAUUAAUAUGACGGAAAUAAACAUUAUUGGUGACGGAAAAUGCAUUUCUAAAAACAAAAGUUUGGAGCUUAACACUUUGAACUUGGAUCUUAGCUGGGACCAACUAAACAUAUACGCAGAGAAUUUGUUAGGAUCAGGUGACUUUUCAAAAGCUGUGAUGAAGAUGUUGUCAAAAGUAGCGAAGAAUAUGUUUGUAAAGAAUAAGGAAGAUAUAUUUUACAGUCUUGAACCGUUUUUAGUUGAAGCAAUAAAUGAAAUUAUUCAGCGUCCUGGUGUCUUUGAAAAUACAGAAUAUCGUCUUCUGAAUUGAAACAAUUAACUAUACUUUCUAAAACCUUCAAUUUAUAAAUUGAUCAUCUUUGCUUGAUGUUAUGGAAUAGUACUGUGUGUAUUUUUUCUAAUAACUAGCCAUGUAAUGAUCUGAAACAUUGUAAUUUUCUUGCUAUGAAAUCUGCAUAAACUAUUUUCCAUUAUUUUCAACUCAUUGCUAAAAAUUCAUAUUUUACACUUAACAGUAAGGUGCGUAUAUGUACACAUGUCUGUCAGUGUGCAUGUCAGUGAGAGUGUGAAUGCCUUGGUAAACUUAUUUGUAUUUCAUUAUGUUAAAUUAUGCAUAGAUUAUUGAAAAAAGCUAAAUAUUGUGUGAGA